CCGUGGAAAUAGUGGAUAGCCGCAACCAGCCAUUGUAACCGGGGUUUGUUUUACGCGUGCCUUUGGCGAGACAUCGUGAGCACUGCCCGGCGUGUACCGUAAAUCACUUGCAUUGGUAGUGUUAUAGAGCCUACAAUUCCUUUAACUUACAAGUGCAUCCCAAGACAUGGAUCAGCUGGGAAAGGUCCUCUCCAAGGCGGAACUGAACGCCGCAUCUUCAAAAAAUGUGGACAAAUUAAUCGUCCUGUAUUUCCGUGCUGAUUGGGCUCCACAGUGUAAGCAAGUGGACGAUUUGAUUCCGGACUUGGUGCAGGAUAAGGAACUCAGUCAUGCGGUCUUCUGCAGGGUAGAAGCCGAGGAAGCUCAGGAGUUGUGUGCCAAAUUUGGCAUAGAGUCUGUGCCAACGUUUGUUGUUCUGCUGAAGGGUGACAGUGUUGCCAAGGUGGAAGGCGUUGAUAUGGUGAACCUGGUGCAAAAGGUCAAGGAUCUUAAAAUCAAGCUCGAGCUAUCGACACCGAUCACGGCCACUGGACAGGAGACAAUGAACAAAUUAAAGGAAAUAACGAAUCAGGCACAGUGCGUUCUACUGCUUGAAGGCACACCGGAGGAACCAGUCGGAGAACAUAAUCGAGGGGCAGUUGAAGUUCUUAAGCGGUUGCAAGUUCCAUUCUCCAGCUUCAACGUCAACGGCGACCCCGCCUUCCGCGAUCAGCUGCUGUCUCGGAUCGCUGCGCCGGCUCCGGUCAGCUACCCGUUGCUGUUUGUCAACAACAUCUUGGUGGGUGGCAUCGACAAGAUAAAGACGCUGUCCCAGACUGGCGAGCUCGAGAAACUGCUGCCCAAGACAAAGAGCCUAACUGAAAGGUUGGACGAACUAAUCAAUGCAGCUCCGGUGAUGGUGUUCAUGAAAGGGACCCCCGAAUCGCCCUGCUGUGGUUUUAGCAGAACACUCGUAGAGAUCUUCAGGAAGACUGGCGUCACCUACAAGACUUUCAACAUUCUGGCCGACGAAGAGGUUCGCCAGGGACUCAAGAAGCAUUCCAAUUGGCCAACUUAUCCCCAGGUCUAUGCGAAAGGGUCGCUAGUGGGAGGCCUCGACAUCAUAAAGGAACUGGAAGAGGCGGGUGAACUCAAGUCUACUCUCCAAGGGUAGCGCCCCCCUUUUUUACACAUACGUGUUACAUUGCUCUAUGUUUACUUGAUGCUACAAAAUAAACAUCUCUGCGUGCUCUAAAGCCCCGGA